CAGACCCGAAUUUAUUGGAGCCGGGCGGGGCGGGUAACAGGUUUAGUAGCGCAUCAUCAAGAAGCAAAUGAACUUCUCGAAAACCUUUCUGAGCUAAACUCCCUCACUCUUUCACUUCGUCUUCUCCAAUUUCCUCCGAAAGUAAGAUGGCUGCGGAUCCCUCAGAGCUUAGGUAUUAUGAGGAUGAUGACACUCCAACAAUGAAAACAAUCAAGGGUGCAACUACUGGUUUUGUUGCUGGAACUAUCUGGGGAACCGUUGUUGCUACAUGGUAUGAUGUGCCUCGUGUUGAGAGAAGUGUUGCCAUACCUGGGCUUGUAAGAACGCUAAAGAUGAUGGGAAAUUAUGGAAUGACAUUUGCUGCAAUUGGGGGAGUCUAUAUUGGUGUUGAGCAACUGUUGCAGAAUUAUAGGAUGAAGAGAGACUUUGUCAAUGGUGCUGUUGGUGGUUUCGUGGCUGGGGCUUCCAUUCUCGGUUUCAAAGGGAGGAGCAUCUCAACAGCUAUUUCUGCCGGAUCAGCUCUGGCAUUCACCUCUGCGGUGAUUGAUGCUGGAGGUCAGACUACAAGGCUGGACACAGGGAAGGAGUAUUACCCAUACACCACCAAGAAAAGGCCUGUUGAGUCAUAAAUCUUGCAUGUCGCUGUUGAGAAGGCACUUCCAGUGAAACGUGAGAUAAUCGAUCCUGUUCGAUGAUCUGUCUUUGUUUUUGGAAGAUAUAAUCAUACUCGCGGACUCCAUUUUGCUUUUUGCUGUUCACUUUUAAAGUGAGGAUGUUGGUUUGAAUAAAAAUGCAUCCGAAUUUAUGGAAUUCUUGA